CGGUAAAUCCAUUCAACCAAGAUGGAUCUGUAAAUACCUGCCGGGACGAAGUUAGAUUCCAGCCACUGUGAAUAACGCUCUUCUCAAGUAUACAGUCUUCCUUCGUUUUUUCUUCUUCUCGUCCAUGCUCUGAUAUUCAGAUCAGCGAGGCUCUGUGAAGCCGCCGCCUUUCUCUCUCUUUCUUCCUGUUAUUUCAUACCCCCUCGCGGAAUCGGUCUCGGCCAACGUGGCACUAGAUAGCGGAGAGGGAGGCUAGCUGAGAUUACAGUGCCAGACUGUGGGAUGCCGAAUCCCCAAUCUCAACGUCAACGGUCACGAGCUGCAUCAUCAUCGGCGCGGCCUCCGGCUGGGGCCAGGGUUCCGCUCAGGCAAUUGUUUCGGGUGGCAUCGGUGGCUGGGGGCAUUCAGUUUGGGUGGGCCCUGCAGCUUUCUCUCCUGACGCCUUAUGUGCAGCAGCUUGGAAUUCCUCACGCGUGGGCUAGCAUAAUUUGGCUAUGUGGCCCUCUUUCUGGUCUUUUUGUUCAGCCCUUGGUGGGGCACAUGAGUGACAAGUGCACCAGCCGGUUCGGCCGCCGGAGACCCUUUAUCUUUGCCGGAACAGUGUCCAUCAUUAUUUCUGUUCUGGUCAUUGGUCACUCUGCUGACAUUGGCUGGUGGUUUGGUGACACGGAGAAUUCUCGGCCGAGAGCAAUAGUGGUAUUUGUGUUCGGGUUUUGGAUUUUGGAUGUGGCCAACAACAUGACUCAAGGUCCUUGUAGAGCUUUGCUUGCCGAUCUUACUGGCAAGGAUCAUCGAAGGACACGAGUGGCAAAUGCCUAUUUCUCUCUGUUUAUGGCUAUUGGUAACAUUCUUGGCUACGCAACUGGGUCGUUCAGUGGUUGGUACAGGGUUUUUUCUUUCACUGUUACCCCUGCAUGUAAAAUUAGUUGUGCAAAUCUCAAGUCUGCUUUCUUUCUCGAUGUUGUUUUCAUUGUGAUCACCACAUAUAUCAGCAUUGCAGCAGCUCAUGAAGCGCCUCUUAGUUUGAAUGGGGCUGCCCAUACUGAAGAAGGGGCAGGAGAGUCGGGUACUGCAGAAGAAGCGUUCCUGUGGGAGCUAUUUGGGACAUUCAAAUAUUUUUCAGCUCCUAUAUGGAUAAUACUGUCUGUUACUGCACUGACUUGGAUUGGAUGGUUUCCAUUUAUUCUGUUCGAUACUGAUUGGGUGGGUCGAGAGAUUUAUGGUGGUGAUCCAAAUCAAGGUCUUACUUAUGAUGCAGGAGUUAGAAUGGGGGCACUUGGUUUAUUGCUGAACUCGGUUGUUCUUGCUAUAACGUCAUUACUCAUGGAAUGGCUAAGCAGGAAGCGGGGGGCUGGCUUUUUGUGGGGAAUCUCAAACAUCGUAAUGGCUGUCUGCUUUAUCGCAAUUCUUGUAGUAACCUAUGUGGCAAACAGCAUUGGCUAUCUUGGCAAAGAUGAACCGCCAGUUGGCAUUUUAAUAGCGGCAAUAACAAUUUUUACCAUUCUUGGGUUUCCAUUGGCGGUCACUUACAGUGUCCCAUACGCCUUAAUCUCAGCACAUAUUGAGUCUUUAGGACUUGGCCAAGGAUUAUCGAUGGGAGUUCUGAAUCUGGCAAUUGUGAUCCCUCAGAUAGUGGUGUCUCUGGGAAGUGGACCAUGGGAUCAGCUAUUUGGUGGUGGAAACUCUCCAGCAUUUGCUGUGGCAGCUAUUGCAGCCCUUAUCAGUGGACUCAUUGCUGUCUUGGCUAUUCCUCGAUCUGGUGGUGGUUCUCAUAAGCCUAGAUCCCACGUUUGAGGUGCUGUGUUCUUUCUGGCUAUGGCACUGGUUUCUUUUGAAGAGGGAUGGUGGUAAAUCAUGGGGUAGCAAGAAUUUGUAUAUAGCUAUUUUUGCUCCUAUCUGAUUUUAGCCUUUUUCUCGAGCUUCCUUUCAUGAGAACCCUCUUCACCCAAUCUGUUUCUAAUAGACAAUUGUAUCCUUUGGUUGUGCUUUCGUCUUAUUGGUCAUUAUUUAGCCAUUGAGCCAUAUUUUUGCCGUUCUAUAGUUUUCAUAGGCCUUUGAUUUCUUGGGAACUCGCUCUCUAUUUGGGGAUCCUGAUGACUUUAACAGUAUCCGCAAAACAGUCAGAAUGGUUGUAGUAUGUAAACCAUGACAAAUUCUCUGUCUAGUGCACGAAAGGUGAAUGCUCUUCAAUCUUCAUGUCCAAGGAUUAAAAUAAAUCGUGUAGCGGUUCUUUUAGGUAUCCUAGCCCCUAGCAUGUAACAUUAAAAGUUAUCACAAAAUACUAAACAGGAGAUUAUCUGCAAUCAGUGGAGAAUUUCUUCAUUGCAAGUCCGUCCCACCUGUAUAAGUUGUUGCUUCUAUGGCCAAAAUGCUGUAGCAAAUUUGUUGGGGUUGGAGCAUCUUUGGAAGGUGCUAAAGCUUCCGUCAGGCAGCAUACUUUCCAACCGAGAUGAGUUACUGUUGAUUGGGAAAUAUUCCGCAUGAAGUGUUCAUUGUGCGAUGGUGAUUCAAUUGAUGAUGUAUUGGAAUCUUAUGCAUGCGUGUGAUUUUUUUGUCUGUGUGAAGAAUGUGCUUAGUGGCCAGCAGUGAAUAUGUGAAUUGUGCUGAUUGAAACCGUGGUGGAGACUCUGCUUCAAUGCUCCAUUUUUUGGCACUUCCUAAAGCAAAAUUCUUGGUUGAGGGGUUUUCUUAUCGUCAAUUGUCAAUAAAUGCUUUCGAAUUAUGCAAUAAA